GAGGAAGUUCCGCGAUCGGAUCCCCGACGGGGGACCUUCUACUGUGAGGGGUGGGGAUUAUGUAAUCUUCGAGGUUUUAGUUGGUGAGAAUCUUGGGUGGGGACGGCUUCGCAACCUCCAAGUUCGAGUUCGCAAACAUGAUUUGAAUUUCAAAAUACUAAUCCUGCCCUUCCGAAGCUCCCGCAAGUGGAUUCCGGCCUACGGAUGCCCAGAAGGCCCAAGCUUACUAAUGCCGCCGAACGCGUGCCAGGCGAGGGGGCGCGGCUAAGCGGCGCCUCUUUCCCUCGGCUCUUCCCGGCCCGAGCCUCCUCCGACUCCCCUGUUCCCAAAGCGUCUUAGCCCCCCGGCUUCUUCUCUGCUCCUCCUCUUCAGAAGUCGCCCAGCUAGACUUGAAAGGGCCAAAGGCAGCCCCGGGAGGACGAAAGGCCAGCCGGCCUGUCCCAGGUGCCUGCUGCGGAGCCUCGGGCCUGACCCCUUCCGCUUGGAUGGGCUUGGGCAAGAGAUAAACCUGUCUGGGCCUGUAUCCUCUUCGGCACCACGGGGGUUAUACCUGCCUAUACCUUGGAUCUGUUGUGGGGUUUAAGCGGGGAGCACCCCUGUGUGGUUCAUGUUAGCCCCCUCCUUCUGACUCGUGAGAAAUUGCUCCCGCCGGGAACAUGGGAGCCAAAUUUGUACUUGCCCGGAGAACUGCCGCUUCCCAUCACAACCAUCAACCAAAAAAAGAGACGUGUCACGAAUUCCCCAGCUUUUCUCUAGCAGUAGUCCGGUUUAUUACUCUCCUACCCCGUGCUACGCAUCACGUGUUGAGAAAUUUUGUGCUUAACCACUGAAACAUGAUUACUGAGCACCUGCUCCUUGCUGGCAACUGUUAAGACCCCGUGCUCCGCAAUGGAGGUAAAGAUGAGUAAGACAUGACGUUGCCCUUGCGCAGCUCCCGGACCAAAGAUGACGGCAGAGAACUCCUACAGUGUAGUGCAGUGUUUAUAAAUGUACAGAAGCGUUUUUUUUAUUAAUUCAGUCAGCAUUUUCUGAGCAGCUGUAUCCGCUAAAGUGCUGGCGACAGAGACUCCUCAAGAACCAGGGUUCAUCAAUUCAAAGCCAGCUGAGGUCUUUGCCCUCCCCUCUUCUCUCUCUUGUACAGGGUUAGAAGCCUUGUCAACAGGAAGUGAAUUCCUCCUAUCAAAUACAGUCUUCUGUUGAUUGUCUCCUUGCAAAAAGGUCUCCUGGGUGGCUGAGCAUGGACCCAGUCGCUACUCACGGCUGCCAUCUUCUCCAGCAGCUGCACGAGCAGCGCAUUCAAGGCCUGCUUUGUGACUGCAUGUUGGUCGUGAAAGGGGUGUGCUUUAAAGCACAUAAGAAUGUUCUGGCAGCGUUCAGUCAGUAUUUUAGGAGCCUCUUUCAGAACUCUUCAGGCCAAAAAAGUGAUGUUUUUCACUUGGAUAUUAAAAAUGUAAGCGGCAUUGGGCAGAUCCUGGACUUCAUGUACACUUCUCACUUAGAUCUUAACCAGGAUAAUAUCCAAGUAAUGCUGGACAUAGCACAGUGUUUGCAAGUUCAAAAUGUUCUGAAUCUGUGUCACACAUUUUUGAAGUCCACCACUGUGGAACAGCCCCCGGGCGUGUCUUGUAACAGCGCGUUCUCCCUGCAGAGCACCCCGCCUGCCGAUGCGCACUGUGCAGUAAGUGAAAACUACCCUCCUCAUUUGCUGCAAGAGUGUCCCGCCGAUGUUCAGCAGAGUAAGGUUUUGGAUGAAUCACAUUCUCACGCUCCACCGUCCAUUAAUCUCCAUCAGUCUGCAGGGGAGGCAUCCAAACAGGCGCCCAACACGCUGGAUGGCGCCUGCCCAGAGCUGCCUUUCAGACAGCCGAGUUACUACUACAAACUCAGAAACUUUUACAGCAAGCAGUACUACAAACAGGCUGCGUGUCCUGGUCACGAGAGGGUGAAUGAGCAGCCCUUCACUUUCAGCACAGCCGCGGACCUUGGUGCCGGCGACAACCAGCCUUGUGCUGGCAGUCAUUCCGAAUGUGUCCUGGAGUCUUCGGAGCAUUUGCCUUCCCACUUCUUGGCCCAGCCCUUGAGUGAAUCUGCCCCAGACCCUGACUCAGACAACCCGUGCCAACCACCCACCAGACAGAUGAGGCUCAAAAAGGCCAUUCACCUUAAGAAGCUAAAUUUCCUCAAGUCCCAGAAAUCUGCAGAGGAGCCAUCCGAAGGCAAGCUGGAUGACGGCUUAACGAAGAGGGUGGAGUGCGCUAGUGCAAAUACUACAGAGAAAGCCACCAGCCACGGUGCUGAGGAAAAAGAAGGUGAAGAACUCGUCACUUCUGAGCGUUUUAACUGCACUAACGAAAUGGAGAGGCCCGAAGAGCCUGCAGCGCUGGAGGACCAGUCCCAGAUGCUUCAGUCACAGAGACAGUACACGUGUGAAUUGUGUGGAAAACCUUUUAAACACCCGAGCAAUCUGGAGCUUCACAGACGGUCACAUACAGGUGAGAAACCUUUUGAAUGUAACAUUUGUGGGAAACAUUUCUCUCAGGCAGGUAACUUGCAGACUCACUUACGUCGGCAUUCUGGUGAAAAACCAUACAUCUGCGAAAUCUGUGGAAAGAGAUGGGAGGAAACAAAGAAAGAAGAGCUGCCUAGCCUGACAUGUCUCCCUUUCUGCCGUGGCCACCUGAACACUGACGACCCCGUUGUGUGCCGGGGGAGCGCGGACCGCUCAUUUCUGGUGCCUCGUAGCAUGGACCCCCAGCUGCUUCAGGUGGCCCUGUCGCUUCACUGUGGCCUUGUUUUACACGAUGUCUUAAAUGGGAACCUUCUGAACGCCAUUGAAAAGUUUGCAGCGUCUGGCGAUGUCCAGCGUCACAUCAUUAUUCACUCAGGAGAGAAGCCGCACUUGUGUGACAUCUGUGGGCGAGGGUUCAGUAACUUCAGUAACUUGAAGGAGCACAAGAAGACACACACGGCCGAUAAAGUCUUCACCUGUGACGAGUGCGGCAAGUCCUUCAACAUGCAGAGGAAGCUGGUGAAGCACCGGAUCCGGCACACGGGAGAGCGGCCCUACAGCUGCUCUGCCUGUGGAAAGUGUUUCGGGGGAUCCGGCGACCUGCGCAGGCACGUGCGCACGCACACCGGGGAGAAGCCGUACACGUGUGAGAUCUGCAGCAAGUGCUUCACGCGCUCAGCGGUGCUGCGGCGGCACGAGAAGAUGCACUGCAGGCCCGACGGGGGCCGGGCCGCGCUCGACGAGCUCGCUCACGCCAUCGAGACCCCCGACCUGGAGAAGUCGCAGGGCUCGGAGUCCUUUUCCCAAGACGUGUCUGUGACUCUGAUGCCCGUGUCGGUCAAGCUCCCCGUGCAGCCGGCCGAAGAUUCGGUGGCAGAGUUUGACGGCCCCUCCGCCGGCUCCUACUGCAAGUUCCGGCCCGUGGUUCAGCCUCCCGCAGCCGCUGAGCCGGAGAAGCUCAGGCUGGAUCCCGGCAAACUCGCCAAGCCUCCGAUGCAGCCGGCGCAGCCUCCGGCGUAUGCUUACCCGGAUGUGGCCGCCGUGGCCAGCGAGCCGCCGCUGCAGCCCGACAGCCUGUCCCUGGGCCGCUCGUCCCUGGCCACGCUGGACAAUCACUGCGGCGAUGUGCCGGGCGGCCGCGGGGCCGCCACGCCGUACAGGAACUCCGAGGGGCAGUUCUUCUCCAGCAUGACGCUCUGGGGGCUGGCCAUGAAGACGCUGCAGAAUGAAAACGAGCUGGACCAGUGAUGCCCGGCGGCAGCAUUUCCCAGCCUCAGAGCCUUUUUGAAGCCCAGUGGAGCGGCGUCCGUGCUUCGGGAGAGAGCGUUUUCUCCGUGGUGGCCCUUUCUCACCGGCCCGAGAAUAGUUUGACCAUUUCUGUGCUGGUGGUGACUGAUUACUGGAAGCAUCCGGAGCCUCAGGAUCAGGGAAGAAGGCCCACAGGCUCCCCGUGCACGCAGACAGGGGACUGGAGGAGCGGAUAGCCUGGGAAACCAUCCCACUGACCUUCGCCGGCACCACGGCGUGCACGCGUGGGGUCAGCUACUGUACGUCUCAGUCACAUUAAAGGGAGAAAGCUAUAUAUAGUAACACAAAUAUGUUUGCAUUUUUACAUGAUUGAAAUUUGUACUGUUUUGUAUUUUUAUUUACACAAAAAGUUUAUUUGUAUAUGAAACUCAUGUUAUAAUUUAAUUUGAAUAAAUGAAACUUGACUUUCUAGAUAA